CACAUUCCUAAGAAACAUCCACAUCUUCCCGGAAGAAAUUAUGAAAGGAGAAGUGGAGUACAGUAACAAUUUUGAAAAUAACUUCAACACUGGAGAAAAUACCACUAACUAAGACACCCAAGUUGUUUAAAACUGAUGGUUGCUCAUUUCCAGUAAACUACAUGUAGCAUUUGACAACAGACCAGGUGGAUGAUGGAGACUGAUCAGAAUGCCUGAGGGUGAAUUCAUUAUGGAUUGGACACCCUCAGAAAAAAAUCUAGAAAACUGGAGGAACUUUUUACAGCCUCUUCAAUCUAAGCGCAAGGCUAAAAAUUGCCAUGGCAUCAAAAUUUUUGAUAUAAAUUUUGGAAAUGAUUGUUUGUCCCAAGAAUUUGCAAUAAAGUUGAUGAAAGAUAAACCUUAUAGUAUAACAUUCGAACCACCAAAAGCUCAAGAGAACGCACCGACACAGCAAAAUAACGCCUCCUUUCACGAGUCUGAUACACAACCUUCUUUCUCCGAAAUUGAUGCUUCCAAUGAAAAUUCCAGAGAUAAUCCGAUAGUAAUCAAUGAUGAGGAGCCGUGUACCUCUUACUCACAAAUCCGUCAUGGAAGUCCUAAAACUCCGAACACUUUUGAUAAGCAAAAUGGUAUGUUCACAAAUAGUUUGAAAACCAAACAAAGGAGAAACAAAGGAAAGCUGAUUCCUUGGAUUAAAAAUAAGCAUAUUCAGGGGAAAUCGAAAUUCAGUAUUCAUAUUGAUACACUACAUGUGGGUGACAAGUACUCUGUGCAGCGACGACGAGCGAGGAAUGCUUUAACGAAGUCUGCGAGAAUUGCCAAUAAAAAAGACGAUUUUGACUUACCGUGUUCUCAGUGGAAUAUUGUGUUAUUAUCUCGCUACUUCUGUUUCAAGGACUGUGUGGAAAAGUUGGAGUUGAGAGAAAAUAUUGACAACCGUGAAGGCGACUUAGACAGAAUAAUAGAAGACUUUAUGUACAGAAUGACAAUUGCUUCGUCUAAUUUCAAACAAAAUGUAGAAAAAACAGAAGAAACUCUGAAUUUUAUCUCCCUGUGCAAUACUGAAAUCGGUGCAAGAUUAGUUUUAAAUGAAAUCAUGUUCCCCGUCUGUGCAUAUCUGGGACUUUCGAUUGAAAUUGAAAAGACUGUUGACUGCGUUUUCCUCCCUAAGUCCAGAUUUGACUACAGAAUAAUUAAUUCAGAUGGGGACGCUGUUGGAGCAGUAGAGGCAAAGAGCGCAGGAUCUCUGUGCCAAGAAUCAAUAGUGCAGGCCAUUACACAACUAUGUGUACUUCAAACUGAACACCUUGUCAAAAAAGACACUGACCAAGUUGUAAACACGCCUCUUUUCAAUAUUCUGACAGACGGUAUCCGGUACGUCUUCAUCGUUCUCCGAGGAAAGAAAUUACAGUUUGAACAGGUUGAUGGUAGGGUUUCCGUGAGAGAGGUCAGAUCGUGGCACGAUGUGAAAAUUCUGUACAGGUCAUUGGUGACCUUGAUGCGAGAACAAACACUUCCGCCGGAAGUUAUCGAUCUAUCAACCAAUGAAAAUGACGUAGAGCUGAUUGAAAUGGCCUUAAUCUAGAAAUAGGUGUCAGGAUAUUUAUCCUCUUAGAAAAUGACCACCAUUUAACUUUCUAGGGAAUGAAUCGGAAACUUGUUUUUCUUCAUCAUUUUCAAAUGUUUUGAUCAACAAAUACAAGGGAUGUUGACCCUUCAUCUGAAGACAGACAUGAGACAUUACUUGUGAUGAUUUUUUU